CACCAAUACUCAAACGCCGAGGAAGAAACUAGUCUUCCCUUCCAGAUGGUGUCUCCACCGCGUUCUUCGUUGCUCACCGCCGACAACAGUGCAGCAAACGGACGCGCGUCAACAAGCAGAAGCGCAGACGCAUCGAACGGUGCAUCCUCCGCCUCCAGCAACGGCGCGGGAUCCAAGCGACAGCUCGCGGAGCCCGAGGUGAUUGCCUUGAACGAGCUGCUGGACACGUUCCCAAGCGAGAUGGACGACACGCAGCAGGAGAGUGGCGCAGAGUCGCAUAAGCGUCGGAAGGUUGAGGCAGCGGCUAGCUAUCAGCGCCCCAAAACCGACGAGCGCGAGGCCCAGCGUAGCCCAAAGACGCAGAACGAUGACGAGGACACAGAGUCGGAUAAUGAGCGGACGAAAGGGGACGACGAGGAGGACACUGCCGCCAGGGACAAGGCACCGGUGCCUCGCAGCGGACUCGCAUCCAGCGUAGGCUCGACUGGCACGGCCAUCCGCCACACGAAGCUCACGGAUCUGGAGCAACACGUGCGCAACCUGGAGAGGGACAAUCUGCAUCUGAAACAGGCCUUGCUAUUGGGCAAAAAUGCUUCAGGCCGGAGUGCAGCGAGUGCUGCGUCGGCGUUGAGCAGUUUGGCAGGAUUGAGAGGCGCGGGGAUGCCUGGGGCACCCGGCGUGGAGAACCGCGCGAAUACUCAGAAACUACUGGCGGAGAGAACCAAGGUGGUGACGGAGAUGGUGGAGCUGCUCAAUGCAGCGUAUCUGAGUCUAGGCGACGCGUCCCGAGUCUGGCACGACGACUGCCGGAUCGGUGUGGGUGUACGCGAGUGGGACGCGUUCGGACGUCUGCAGACCAUCAGUCUGUGGAACAUGAUCCGCUCCGUGUUCACGAGUAUCGUGGUGGACAUCGUGGAGCUGCGACCACAUUUGCCUGACGGGGAAAUGAUCCUCACUAAGUGGCGCAUCCAGGGCGAGAUCGCGUCGGCGCAGCACCUGGAGCGCGUGUGUGCGUCCGAGGAUUGCCCGGCCACCAUGCGCGUGGCGUUGAUGGCGAUCAAGUCGUCGGACUUGACGUUUACAGUCACCACGUACGUCGUGUUCCAGGAGCUGCGGAUUGCCCAGCAGCAUCACUGUUGGGAUCAAGUUGGCGUGUUCAAGCGGCUCUUUGGCGGAGAGAUCCCCACCAGCGUACAAAACAUGCUUACUAUCGACGAGGAGACUGCUGCAGGACGCAAGCAACCGCUGGAAGUGUAAGGGAACCUCACGCCGCCCAGCAACUUGUAUUUAUGUCUUCUUUAGCUUCCGACAAAUUUCACACUUUUUGCUUUUCUGACUUUCGUAUAAAUACUCGAAGUAGAACUUUUAGUUCUCUAUUUAGUAUUUACGAACUUAUCAGUUCGUAAAUACUACUACUCUGACAGAAUUUAUUGUUGUUGUACAAAAUCCAAAAGAAUUUAGUUGGUCGAAAUACAAAGUUCAAGAUAAAUCAAUAAUAUU